UAGAGUUCAAGACGACGACGCUUGCGUUAAUUUUUUUUAUGACCUGCGCAAGUAAGUUUGCUGAAUGUGCGCCAAACUUCGAGCAUGCUGCCACUCUCUUGCUGCAUGUACAUAUGUUUGUUUAAAUGAAUGUAGAGCCCCGAGAUGCAUCUUUGUAUGCAUGCUGGUGUAGAUUGUUGUCUCGCUCGCACUAGUUAAACGGCACCCUAACAAGCUCGAGACACAUCUGUAUGAAUGCAUAUUGCAAAAAAAAAAAACGUUCUAUCCCGCCACAGCAAGAGGAAUAGCAACGAUUUUAGUUGACAAAAAGCAUUGAGCGAUUUAUCUGACAAAUGAACAAUAAGAACGCGAUGUACGAUAAAAGGCGCAGCGGUGUCAAGUGCAUUGUUAAGUCGUGCAGGCGCAGCUACAGGAAUGGCUCUCCGGUGAAAAUGUUUCGGUUUCCCAAAAAGGAGAGCCUUCGCCGUCAAUGGAUUGAAAAAUGUGGAUUACCCCGCGAUUUUAAGAUGCGUGCGGUCAUAUGCGAUUCACACUUUGAAAAGGAGUCCAUUGGCAAAAGGUUCUUAAAAUCGAAUGUAGUCCCCACCCUAAAUUUGUUUGAUCCUUCGGAUGCGAAUAUAGUCAUUUCUAAGAAACUGGGCGGAAUCACGAUUUGUAAAGAUGACGACACAAUCGAAGACAUUUCGAUUUGCCGAAGCUUCGUGGACACACCACCAGAUGUGGAAUGCCGUGCCUGCCUGACCAGCUCAGUGGCACUCGUGGAUAUCUUUGAUGAUCAGAGGCAACCCAGUCUGGCAGAUAUGCUAAACGAGUGUGUGACCUCCAUCGCAGUGCAACGAAAUGAUGAGCUGCCGCAGAAAAUGUGCCUCUCGUGCAUUUGUGAUCUGCAAACGGCAUUUGAUUUCCAGCGCAGGUGUAAGGAAAGCCAUCAGGUGUUAAGCGAAAAGCUGAAUAAAAUUAAGAUGGAAUCCACAAUAAAUAUGGAAAUGCCAGAGGAGGACGUGGACAUAGUUCGGCUCAGGAUGGAAAUAGACGAAUUGUUGAGCAGUGGUGAUAAAUUGCCAGAGGAUCAAAUGGAAUUCAUGCCUGAAGAUGAGCGCAAAGCAAAUUCACCCAUAAGUAUUUUCAGUUCUCGGGACGUUAAUACUGCACCCGCCUAUAACUCCAAUCAAAGACAGUCUAGCCGUCUGCUGGAUGACACAAAUCUAAACAACAGCGAGGUUACUGUCCGUUCCGAGCUAAUUGAAAUAGAAAGCUGGGAGCUGGCCGAGCAAGACAAUGAAUUAGGCUGCAGCAAAGUAGUAAAGGAUAAAGAAGAUAGCAUUAAGGAGCAACAAACUGAAUGCACCGUGGAGCGCCACGAAACUGGCAAUCCUCUGGCUGUUGACGAGCCUGGAAGAAAUACUAAAAAAAUGAAUAAGUACUCUUGCCCACAAUGCCGAAAAGCCUGUACGUGUAAAUCUGCCCUUAAACUUCACCUUCGUUCGCAUACGGACGAACGCCCGUAUAAGUGUCCACACUGCCCCAAAGCCUACAAACAAUUCACGGGCUUGCUCUCACACAUCUAUACUCAUGGAGGUAAAACUGCCUUCAAGUGUCAUUACUGCAGAAGAUACUUUUUGGAGAAAGCCAAGCUCGAUGAACACGUGCGCUAUCACAUUGGGUACCGGGCUUACAAAUGUCCACACUGUCCAAAAAUCUGUACGGCUUUUGUGUAUCUCAAAAAGCACAUUAGAACUCAUUACGGAGAGAACAGCGAAGUGUGCAAUCCCAUUGUUGUUAACAAACCUAGAAUAGAAACUAAAAAUGGCAAAUUUAUAUGCCCACAUUGCCCGAAAGCCUAUACGCUUAAAUCCUCCCUUAGAAAUCACAUUAGUAAGCAUUCGGAUAAACGAUCAUUUAAGUGUCCACAUUGCCCAAAAAAAUAUAAAAUGUCCUGGAAUCUACGCAUACACAUUCUUAGUCAUGAAGGGAAAACUGCCCUCAAGUGUCCUCAUUGCAGAAAAUACUUUUUAGAGAAGGCCAAGCUCGAUGAACACACGCGCUAUCACAUUGGGCACCGGGCUUACAAAUGCCCACACUGUCCAAAAAUCUAUACUCAUCCAUCAUUUUUUAAAGACCACAUUGCAUCCCAUCCCGCAGAUAACAAGGCGGUAAAUGUCCAGUCUGAAAGGAAUGAAAACUCGGAGCUGGCCGAGCAAGACAAUGAAAUAGGCUGCACCAAAGCAGCAAAAGGUAAAGAAGAUAACAUUAGGGAGCAACAAACUGAACGAAGCUCAAAGAGCUCCGAAGAAUGCAACGUGGAGCGCAACUCUCCUGCUGUUCACGGGUCUGAAAUUGCUGCUAAAGAGAAACAAUUUAAAUGCGCGCAAUGCCCGAAAGCCUAUAAGAAUAAAUCUUCGCUCAAGAUUCACAUGCGUACGCAUUUGGACGAACCACCGCUUCAGUGUCCACACUGUCCCAAAACCUUUAAAAAGUCCGCGAAUCUGCGCACACACAUCUUUACGCAUGCUGGUGAGACUCCAUUAAAGUGUCUUUACUGCAGAAAAUACUUUUUAGAGAAAGCGGAACACGAUGAACACGCGCGCUUUCACGUUGGGCCCCGGGCUUACAAGUGUCCACACUGUCCAAAGGUGUGUCAUCGUAGAAAUUUGCGAAAGCACAUUAUGACUCAUACCAAGAAAAAUGUCGAGGAAUAAAAUGUAGGAAAUUCCAGAAACACAACUAUAUAUAUCGAGCUUUUUUGUCCGCUUAAGAGAGGUACGACGAAAUUAAAAUGGU